GCCGGCGGUAGGCUGCUGUUGCAGUGUUGGUGUUGGUGGGGAUCAAAGCCGAGUGUCCUGCGGGCGUGCGCGGUUCCCAGAGCUGUACGCUAAGAAAAGUGACCAUGGAGAACAACAAAACCUCAGUGGAUUCAAAAUCCAUUAAUAAUUUUGAAGUAAAGACCAUCCAUGGAAGCAGGUCAAUGGACUCUGGAAUCUAUCUGGACAGUAGUUACAAAAUGGAUUAUCCUGAAAUGGGCUUGUGUAUAAUCAUUAAUAAUAAGAACUUCUAUAAAAGCACUGGAAUGACAUCUCGCUCUGGUACUGAUGUGGAUGCAGCCAAUCUCAGAGAGACAUUCAUGGGCCUGAAAUACGAAGUCAGGAAUAAAAAUGAUCUUACUUGUGAAGAGAUUAUGGAAUUGAUGGAUAAUGUUUCCAAGGAAGAUCAUAGCAGGAGGAGCAGCUUUGUUUGUGUGAUUCUAAGCCAUGGCGAUGAGGGAGUAAUUUUUGGGACAAAUGGGCCUAUUGACCUGAAAAAACUGACUAGUUUCUUCAGGGGCGACUACUGCCGGAGUCUGACUGGAAAGCCGAAACUCUUCUUCAUUCAGGCCUGCCGGGGUACAGAGCUGGACUGUGGCAUUGAGACAGACAGCGGAACUGACGAGGAUAUGACAUGCCAGAAGAUACCAGUGGAGGCCGACUUCCUGUAUGCUUACUCCACAGCACCUGGUUACUAUUCCUGGAGAAAUUCAAAGGAUGGCUCGUGGUUCGUCCAGUCACUUUGCGCCAUGUUGAAACUGUACGCCCACAAGCUGGAACUGAUGCACAUCCUCACUCGAGUUAACCGGAAGGUGGCCACGGAAUUUGAGUCCUUCUCCCUGGACUCCACUUUUCACGCCAAGAAACAGAUCCCAUGUAUUGUGUCUAUGCUCACAAAAGAACUGUACUUUUAUCACUAAAAGAAUGAUUGGGGGUGCCGUGGGGGCAUUUUUCUGUUUUGUUUUGUUUUUUAUUGUUGUUUUGAAUGCCAAAUAAGAAAACUGUCAGGGAGACUUUCUUUCCCUCUCAUUUAAAUCAAAUCUGUUGUUCCACAUGGUCUAUGAACAAUACAGCUACCUCAGCUUCGACAUCAGGUAGUUGAAAUGAAAUUUAAUUAGGAACAGAUAAAUGUCAAUAAUGGUACUAUCAUCAUAGAAGAAAUUACAAAGUUACCCUUUUAUAAUUAGCAAAAUUUGGCAAUACUAUGAAUUUUGAAGUAAUAAUGAAGCAGAAAGCUUUCCAGUAAUGAUUUUAUACUCCCUACUUCUAUUAAGAAUGUUGUUCUAGCCGGGCGGUGGUGGCACACACCUGUAAUCCCAGCACUCUGGGAGGCAGAGGCAGGCAGAUUUCUGAGUUCGAGGCCAGCCUGGUCUACAGAGUAAGUUCCAGGACAGCCAGGGCUACACAGAGAAGCCCUGUCUCGAAAAAACCAAAUCCAAAAAAAAAAAAAAAAUGUUGUUCUAGUUUUGAACAUAGAAACAAUAAUGUCAAAUGAUACGUCUUAGAACUUGAAUCCAUGAGCAGAGUCAAAGGCUUGAACCCUUGUCUUAGAACUGAUACAUAGGAAUAAAGAGUUGGCCCACCAUAGCCUACAUUAUUGCUACUGGUUUUAUGACAGUUGUCCAGGGCACGUAUUUGUUAUUUAAAAAAAUAAUCAUGUUUUAUUAUUGGAACAAAAUAACUUGAGUAUUUAUGUGAGAGGAAAAUGAUGUGCGAACUUGGUUGGCUCGCUGAAGGCUACCAUCCAUCCGUCAGAAGCAAACAUGACGGCAAGGUGCUAAGACCCACCAGCAUUGGUUUCUUACUCAUUCUUAUACAAAUGAGCUUAGUGUUCCAGACCAGCAAAAUAUCUAAAGAGCGGCUAUAUAACAGCCUCAAAUUGUUUAUUAUUAGAAUGAAAUAGAGGAAUUCUACAGGGAUAUAUCCUAAUACCAGUUGUCAAACAGACAUAAAAGAGAGAUGAAAUCGACUGUAAUUGGAGAGAAGAUGUUUUGAGCCAGAGCAGAGACUUGGCAAAGCCAUGGCAGAGCUGGACUCACCCUGUGAGUGGGUGCUGGUUUGUGUGGAUGAAGUUACCACCGAAGAAAGUGAACCAGAUCAGAACCAUCUGCACAAAGGCUUUCACGGGAGCGUCUCAAAGUUCACUGAACUCCUCGUAGAGAGUCUGUAGCAUGCUGACUUUUUUGUUGAAGUUUACAAUGAAAGGAAAAUAAUGGUGAUACUUGUAUCGGCAUUAGAAAUGGAAGGGCUGUGCACACAGGACUUGGAGAGCAUCCAGGGGGCCCUGCAGCCCAGGUGGAGAAGCUAAAGACUGGCACCAUCCCCAUCAGGGAGACUGUGCCCCAGGCUCCCCUAUCCUGGAGGUGCUGAGUCAUUGCACACUCUCCCAGCAUUCCACACCAGCCUCCCUUCUGCACAAAGAACGGAAGCAAUUCACAUGAUAACUGAUAGAUUCUUGUUUAGACUGAAUUUAUUGUUAACUCUUUCUAAGUAAAUACAGCAUGCAAUGGUAUUUUAAAGUGUAUUACCAUGUGACGAUUUUAUAAAAGUUUGUUAUCUUGCAUUUUUAUUUCAAAACAUAAAUUCAGAUUUAAAAUUA